AUGCUACUGCUGCUUCUCACUGGCCUGGCACUUGUGAAUGCAAAGAAUUCAUGUGUUCCCGGCUCUGCGGAGUGUGCAGGAAAUACUCUUCGUGUCUGUGGAAUGAACAAACAGUGGGCUGUGAUUGACUGUCCCGAAGAUACUAAAUGCAAGGUACUUGGUGAAAACGUAACAUGCGCCAGUAAUAGCAAAGAUGCGGAUGGUCUCCAUAAGAAACACGAUAUUGAUUCACGUCUUAGUGAUCAAGAUCCUGAUUCUGAUAUUGCCAAUCAGGACAAUGAACAUGUUGAUGCGAAUCCAGAGCAUGAAAAGAAUAAAAGCAAUAAUGGUAAUAUCGAUAAUGAUGAUAAUCAAACUACCACUAAAGAAAAUGAACAUCAUGAUGAAUCACAUGAAAGUACCAAGCCUGAGGAUGAUACAAAUAACAGAGACAACGAUACUCAACAACCAGUCAGGAGUGGACGGUUAAGAACAAAGCGUAAUGCUUCUCCAAGAUUACGAAACAACGCAAAGACAAUCACACGGACAAUAAACAAUGGAGGAGAGUCUUCUACUGUAACCAUCACAAGAAUGAUUGUCCAAAAGCAGGCACCUUCAGAGAUCAAGCUUGAGUAUGUUUCAAACCAAAUAGAGCCGAGUGUUAAGCCUAUUGAUGCAUCUGCGUCCAGUCAGCCAUCUUUACCCAGCAGCCAGAGCAAAGAGAAUGUAGCUGAACCAUUAGCAACUAAUGUUAGUGCCCCUAAGAGCACAGGAUUGAUGAAUCAACAGCCAGCAACAUCCACUCCGAGUACAUCUAGUCAACAACCAUCAACAUCUACGUCUGGUCAACAACCAUCAACUGCUACACCAGCUCAAUCUACAUCAAAUACCAAUGCAUCUCAACCUAUACCAAGUUCACCGAAUUCUAGUACAGUUAAUAAUACAACUAAUACAUCUCAGCCUGCACAAAACACAUCUAAUGCUGGUUCAACUAACACAAAUGGUUCAUCUCAGCCUGCACAAAACACAUCUAAUGCUGGUUCAACUAACACAUCUCAGCCUGCAUCUGACAAAUCUAAUGGCACAUCUGGCAGCAAACCCAGCGUUCCAUCAUCCGGCGGAAACGUGAACAUAACUUCUGAAAAACUUAUAGAGGCUCUGACAAAGCUGAGUUUUGCUCCAAAUCCACAAUUCGUUGAUGCAGUGAUCAGCAGAGUAAACUCAAAGUUUACAGAUAUGAACAGUGCAGUCAUGUUUUUGGCACAAUGCGCACAUGAGUCUGGAGGAUAUCAAUACAUAGAGGAAAUAGCAUGUGCUGGCGGUACAGGCUGUGCUGGCCAAUAUGGAACAGGUGCACCGGGGAAAUCCUACCAUGGACGCGGGUUUAUACAAUUAUCAUGGCCAGAUAACUACAAAGCAGCAAGCCAGGCUCUUGGAUUGGGAGAAGAUCUUUACAAUGAUCCUGAUAAGGUUGCACAGGAUCCAAACCUUGGUGCCGAUGUCUCCAUAUACUUCUGGGAGGCAAAUGUAGCAAAUGCACCAGGCGUGAAGGAAAACCACUUUGGUGCAUCCACAAAGGCAAUCAAUGGGAGUUUAGAAUGCACAGGCUCAAAUCUCGACAAGAGCAAGCGAAGGUUCGAGAUAUAUACUGCUCUUGUUGAGGCAUUCGGCGUUAGCGAUCCUGCUGAUGAAAGCGGAUGCUACAAUUGA